AUGCUGGCAGCCACAGGGCACGAGCCAGUGAGACCUGCAGCCGUGAGCCGCGGAAUCGGCGGAGUGCCGACGAUGAACGCGCGCAGCUGUGACACGAACGUAUGUUUACAUUGUUUAACAAGAAUUGCUGCGUCUCAAACACGAGAGACAGGAGCAUUUAGAUGUCCCAUUUGUAGAGAAUUAAUAACUAUUCCUCGUGGAGGAGUACCUGCACUGCCCCCAAGUUUUCUCGUAAACCAAUUGCUGGACCUUAUGUCUCGACAAAGACGAGAGGUCAUCCCAAAGUGUUCAGUUCAUAUAAAUCAGGAAUUAUUAUUUUGUGAAACAUGUGAUACAGUAUUCUGUACAGUGUGUACUAGUGGGACACAUGCAGGAACGUCACCUGGAUGCACAGAACAUACAAUUAUCCCUUUUAGUAUUGCGAUAAAAAGAAUGUCCGAAAUAUUGUUGUAUAAAGCUAAUGAGUGUAUAUCCAAGUUAACACAGGCACAAGAUUCUGUGAGCACGGAAUUGCAACGUUUGGAAGCCUCUACGGAAAAGUGUUUGAGCGCAGUAGAUACGGAAUUCGCUGAGAUUAUCGCAAAGAUAGAGAAACGUCGCACGGAAUUGCAAGCUGCCGUAACCGCUGCUGCUCGUGAUAAGAAACACGUACUUGAAGAACAACAUUCUCUUAUUGAGGCAGAGAAAACCAAAGUGGAGAGAGAAUGUGAAGGAUUGCAAUAUCAGGUCGAGGUCCGAAAUAUUACUCAACGUAUUAAUAGCUUGUCGGAUCAGCUUGAUGCAGCAACCGCUCUCAGCGAACCUAAGGAGAAUGCCUUUAUUACAUUUGAGUUUAAUCAUAACGAUGCUCUCUUUCAAUUAGAGCAAGCACUGAAUAACGUGGGACGAGUACGUUCUAGUACAACAUUACCAGGUUUAUGCCGAGCCAGAUUGAAGGAUCUAGCAAUAGUAAAGCUACAAACAAUCGUCGUAGUCGAAACGGUAGAUUAUCAUGGUCAUCCUCGAAAUGUCGGUGGUGAUCUUAUUAGCGCCGAAUUGACGCUUGCUGAUAAUAUGCAUGCAGAAAAUCAGAAUGUUCCUAUUGAGACAGAAGUGAAAGAUCUGGAGAAUGGAACUUACGAAAUUUACUUCCGGCCACCAACUGCAAGUCGAUAUGUUUUGAAAGUGUCGGUGUUCGAACGACCUAUUAAAGAUUAUCCGCUAUUUUUCGAUACGACUGAGCACAAUGAACCUAUUAAAACAUAUGGAAGACGUGGUAACGGAAAAGAUGAGUUUCAUCAGCCUGUUUCAGUCACAGUGGACGAUGAGGGAAUGAUCUAUAUUUUAGAUACUGGAAAUUCUCGUAUUAAGGUACUCAAUUGUGAUUUGGAGUUUCAAAGGCACAUAAAUAAUGAAGGCUUAGAGGGUCGCAGUUGUACGGGAAUAGGUAUAUCUCAACAAGGUCUCGUAGUCGUGAAUUGGCGAACGCGAAAGAUUACGGAAAUGACUUCAUUAGGUGAUACAAUCCGAUCUUUCACGCAUAAUGCAUUUCAAGAACCCAUAGACAUUGCAGUGGACAACAGUUAUGGGCACAUACUUGUCGCUGACAAUGGUCAAAGCUGUGUAUUCGUAUUUGAUUCAGACGGCAAGAUACUAUUCCAGGUUGGUAAGAGAAGCACGUUCAAGCUAAUCAGUUCUGUAACUGUUGGUCCGGCCGGUGAGAUUUUAGUUGCCGAUAGCAGAAUUCAAGUGUUUUCCGCGAAGGGAGAUUUCUCCGAAGAAAUAUAUUCUGAGGGCAAAGGAAAAGGUAUCUACGGAGGAAUAGCUGUAGACGCAGAUGGCAAAAUUAUCGGUACUCGUACAGAUAAGGGUCGUAGCAUAAUACAAGUUCUAAAGUUAGGGGGAGGUAAUGUCUUAACCGAAAUCGAUUCACACAGUUCGAAAUUGCGACGUCCCUCAGGCAUAGCUGUGCUGCCAGAUAAUCACCUAGUGGUGGUGGACUUGGGCAAUGAUUGUAUAAAAAAAUAUAGAUACUGGUAAAGUCAUUUAUUUAAUCAUCAAAAUUCAAAUCGCAAAGGGGAAGAAAACUCAUUGCGAAAGUACCAAAAGUCAGUCUAAUUUAGAAUUAUUUAUUCAGGUUUUUUUUUGUGGAACUUGUAACAUCACAUAUUAUGAAUGUAUAAUGCCUAUGUUUUUAUAAAUUUUUAUAUAUAAUUUAUAAAUUAGUAUAAGAUGUGAGAUAAAAAAUAGUAAUGUCAAACUUGACAUAAACUCUUUCUCUAUUAUCCUGGGUAUUUCAUGUUCGAUCGAUUUCUGUUCAAAACGGAUCUGGCGUUUCUUAUUCUGUCUUAAAAAAGUUUGUGAAGGGAGACAUCGAGAUAUGACGCAGCUAUCAAU